AUGAAGCGGGGCGCACCCGCCACGAUCGACAUCGAUGAUGAGACGAGGAUGCAGCUGCGGUCGGAGCUUCUGGCCACUUCGCGGGGUUCGAAGGCGAGCGUCGCCCGCAUCCUGCAGACGCUGAAUAGGAAAGGCAUGCUUAGGGACGAGGAGCUCGGAGGACGAGAUGAGCUACGCCAGUGCAGGAUAGCAGCGGAGAUGCAUGGCCGCGCGAGGACGCCAUACGGACCUGUUGUGCAGACACUGGAUGUCCCAGGCAUCGGGCCGUGGGAAUAUGUACACCCAUUUGCGUUUCUGCACUAUAUGUCGACUAUCAGCGAAAAGUUUGCCAAUAUGCUGUCUGCUGCGCUCGACGAGGCACCUUUGUGUACUUGUAGCUUGGUGUUUUACGGUGACGAGAUGACGCCAGGCAACCCUUUGAGAUCUGAUGUUGGGCGCCAAUUGUGGAAUUUUUAUUACACCUUUCUGGAGCUACCAGGCUGGCUCCUCCAUAGAACGGGGGGCUGGUUUUGCCUGGGCGGGCUUCGCACCAGGCUGGUGGAGAGAAUUCCUGGGGGAGUGAGCGCCCUCUUGAAGCAUAUUAUCGUCGCCAUGUUCGUUGACGGGCCUCAUAACUUCACACACGGCUUUGUAGUUCCCCAUGGGAGUGCCGUGCGGGUGUUUCGUGCUCGCCUGGUCGGUUUUAUGGCUGAUGAAAAAAAAGGCCACAAAGAGUUUUUGGCCAUUAAAGGGGCGGCAGGGCUGAAACCCUGCAUCUCGUGCAUGAACGUGGUGAACUUCAUCCACAAGACUGGCUACGCCGACGGCCAGUACACCGUCGGACUGGACUGCAUAGAUAAAUCGAAGCUCAAGCAGCUGGACGACGACACGUUCUGGAGAAUGCACGAGAUCUUGGUAUCGCAGGUCGGGCAGAUAUCGAUGUCGAAGGUGGAGGCGCCCGAAACGAAGCUGGGCAUUAGUUAUAAUGAACAUGGGAUGUUGUGCGAUCCUCGUUUGAGAAGCGUGCUGCGCCCCGUGAGUAAUUACAUCAGGGAUUGGCAGCACACCCUGGUAUCGCAUGGCGUUGCGGGGCUUCAGAUUGCGGCGCUCACAUCGUGUUUGAAGAGGUUGAAUAUCGAUAUGCAUGAGAUUGCCGCCUACGCGCGCUUGUACAUCCAUCCCAAGUUGACCGCGUCACCCCCCAAGCCAGAGUGGUUCACGGAGAACUUCAUAGCGAACGACCACGUGAAGCUGUUUGCGAGCGACGUUCUCGGACUUUGCCCAUUGUUGCUGGCAUUUCUUCGGGACAGGUGCUCUGGCCGCGUGCCCGCGGACCACGUUCGAUGUUUCGAGCUGUUAACGUUCAUGUUGGGGCUCCUAUCAGGAGAGGACGAUAUGACGGGCGCAUUGCACGCCACGCUUUCGGGGGCCAUUGCAGAGCACGCGGUACUGUUUCGCCGAUUGUACCAUACGUUUAUCAAGGUGAAGUUUCAUCAUUUGGUGCACGUGCCCGACGACCUACUUCGACUGGGUAGGGUGAUUUCGUGCUUUGCGCCAGAACGGAAACACAAAGACGUGAAGACGACCGUGGUGCACGUUUACAACCAGGGGCGGUUCCAGUUCGACGAGCAGUAUAUAUCGACGUCGAAGCGCCGUAAACUCGAUAUCGCAGGCAUCCAGGUGGAUACGUCUACAGCGGCUGCGUUGAAGUGUGGUGGCGUGAAGAGGGGCGACUACGUGCUCAUCCGCACUGGCGGUGCACUUCGUUUAGGUAGAGUUGUGUUGUUCUAUGCGAUGGGCGAUUUCAUCGCAGUCCACGUGCGGGAGGCUGCCGCUGUGGACCCUGGGACUUGGACCAUCUGGGAUGAAUCGGCGACGCCAGACGUGGUCUUGGACCCGACGUCGAUUGUCAAGCCCGUUGUAUACAUGCGCAUUCCACCAUCGACCGUGAAGAUCAUCGUGCCUUACUAUCAUGGCAGGGGCGCGUAG